GACACCAAACCAAACUGAACUCAGACAAAUGGAGAACGCGGCGACACAAAGUGCUUCCAAAGACGAGGUUUUGUCGGUCGAGCUUCCAGCUCCUCCUGGUUGGAACAAGCUGGUCUCUUUCUUCAAUCUCAUUCUCCGUUACUAUUUUCAUUUGUUCUCUUCCGUUUUGCAUCAUGUUUCUCUACUUUGUUCAAUUUUACUUCAUUUUUUCAUAAUCACUAUUAUUAUGUCUGUUGGCUUGCCUUCAUUACUGUCUUUCCUUACUUCAGUUCUCUUACUGACACAAAUUGUACAUUUAAAUUUAUUGUUUGGUGAUUUUGGUAGUAACUUUUGUUUCUAGGGUUUUUCUUUUUGAAAAGGGUCCACCCCCUGAACAGUGACCAUCCUUCUUUCUUUGAGAUGGUGAUAAUGUGAUGAUAUCACAAUAGCUAAGCUCACUUCCUAGCAAAAUUGUAUGCUUCAUUUGGUUUUUGAACCUUCUCUUCCCUCAGCAAAGUUAAAUGCCCUUUGGUUGGUGAGGGUCUUCAUUGCAUUGUUCAUAGCCUUCGGUAACUUUUCAGUUUUAUGAAUCAAGUAUUAUCACUUGGAUUAUUUUAUGGCUUCCCUUAGCUAGUAAAACUGUCAACUUUUUUGGUAUUGCAUACUUCAUAGCAAAGAACAAAUUGCAGCAUCUAAUCCUUUAACAACAUUCGGAAUUAGGAAUCUGGAUGAUCGGCAAUCAGUCACUGUAACCCAUUUUGUUGAUAACGAGUCAAUUAGCUCUUGAUUCAUAGUUGGUACAUCAAUCUUGGUACUAGAAUUUUUAUACUUUACAGUUUUGAUUUGUGCUGCAAGUGCUGUUGGGAUGAAUGAGAUCAUGUCACCCUCAUACAUCAAUCACUAUUGAUUUCACCCUCCAAUUGUAUGCUUUUAUCUGGUUAUGCUUUGGUUAUUCGCCAUAUUUGGCUUACAUGUUUGUGGGUCUCAUCUCUGUAAUUGCUUGUACAUUCUUCUCAAAUUAGUUAACCAUCUGCCUAGGUUUUUACCUACCCUACAUUUGACACUAGGUGUGAUUUGCAGCUUAAUGCGAAUAAGGGGGAAAAGCGGGAGUUAUGUUCCCUCUCUUUAGGUUGGAGCAAAACUUACCACAGCCUCUUGCUAACUGAGACUGUAUCCAGUGAGAUUUUAAAUAGCUGUGGCAAGUGAGAAGGAUUUGAAUAAUUUGAGAUAUCAGCGUGGCUUUGCUUAUGGCAAAAUUCUUAUAUUUCCUAGCGUUGGCAUAGUUGUAGAAUGUUGUAGGAGAUAUUAUUUAUUUUCUUGCGCAUUUUUCUUUCCCCUUUAAAAUAGCUGUCAUAAACUUUGUGGCAUUUAAUUUGUUGCGGAAACAAACAAUGAUCAAUGAAAAUUUGUUUAUGAAUUUGUGAUAGAUAUGAGCAACUGGAGUGGCUUGGAAUAAUUUGUCUUGAGGAUCAAGUUUAACUCAGGAUAAGAUGAUCUAUAAAUCAAUAUGAUAUUUUUCUAUAUUUUUCACUAAGAGUGUUAACUACUCUCAUCCUGACAAUAGCACUUUGAAAACUGAUGGUUAGUGACUUAAUGAUGAUCAGGUCCUUCAGGUUUUGUGUUCUAUUAUCUACUCAGUAUUUUGCAAGAAUUAUGUGCUCUGCAUUAUCCCUUUAUCAACCAGUUGUUGCAUGUAUUUCUUCCCUAAGAAAGUGGGAUCACCCAGAAAAAGUGAGAUUGUAUUUGUUGCUCCAACUGGGGGGGAGAUCAGUACCAGAAAACAGUUGGAGCAGUACCUGAAGGCACAUCCUGGCAACGCUGCAAUAUCAGAGUUUGACUGGGGAACUGGUGAGACCCCUAGGCGAUCAGCAAGGAUCAGUGAGAAGGCCAAAUCAACCCCACCAGCAGAUAGUGAACCUCCGAAAAAACGAGCUCGAAAAUCAUCAGGAUCAAAGAAGGAUAACAAAGAAACUGAAUCUGCUUCAGAGGAAGGCAAAGCAAAGUCUGAUACCGAGGAUCUCAAGGCUGCAGAGGAAGAUGGUAAUAAAGGAAACGAUAAUUCUGAAGAAGAGCAACUUGAGAAUGGAGAUAAAACUCAACAAAUUGAACAGACCAAUAAGCCAGACGUAGAUAUGGAAGAUGCUGCUCUGAAUGAUUCUGAUAAGAAAAUAAAGAAUGAUUCAGAGGAAGCUAAUAAUAGUCAUGUGGAAAAUGUGAUUGCUGAAAAGCCCGACGGUGAAGAAGCUCAAAAGCAAGACAACAUAUCAGUAGCAGAAUCAGCAGAGAAAGGUGCUGAAGAAGAAUCCCAGGGGGGCCUACUGACCGAGUUAGAAAAAGAAAAUGGUGCAGUCGACAAGAAACAGGAUCAAUCUGAUGCUGUUAUUGCAGAUGCUAAUGGGGGAGUUGAGAAAGAGAAUCCCAACACUUUGCUGCCUGCAUCUGUUGAAGAGACAAAUCCUAAGCAAGUCCCAGUAACUGAUGGUAAAAACACCAUUCAAGCAGAUGAACAAGUCACAAAAAAUGAUGUGGAGCUAGUUGACAAUGGAAAUGUUAUUUGGAGCUGUGCUCAGUGAAGCACUUAAAGACUCAUCAUACCGUUGUUGUAAACUGCUGAAAUGUACUGUACUAUUGCCUAGUGCCCGUGACUUUUGUGAUGCUAUUUUAGUUAUUUUGUGACCUCAUGGAUGACUGUAGUCUCGUAUUUUAUCUAAAGAUUUGGUUGUACUUACUACCUAGGAAAUUAAAUGUCUUCCUUGUAGAUUAGGACUUUUGAUUUUCCAUAGUGCAGCUAUGUAGAUUGUAGACUUAUAUCACACAUGUGUUGGUAGUCAUUUAAACUUUAUAUUAACCGGAUUUCAUAGCCAUCUAUGAAUGUUUUUUUAAUGUUACAGAAGGUAAAUGCGAGACUGAAAUUGUAAUUUAUCAUUUGCCUUUCUUGUUAGGACAAAAGCUUCGUAUUUGAAGGCUGUGUUCAUCAGUUUUCAUAUAUAUCAUUAAUCUCUCGGCUUGUACUU